GUAUGGUCAGGACGCAGAGGAGCGCAGUAUGUGCUAUAUGCUUGAGUUUAAACAAUGCACUAGCCUUAUAAUUAUUCACAGCAUUGUAUAGCCAAUAUUCAUUGUCACCUUUCAAGAUGCCUCCUUCAGCGGCUGCUACCGAAGAUAGUAUAGCCUUGGUGAGAAAGACUUUAAGGGAAGUGCUGGUGGGUCGAGAAGAUCCAGAGGGGUUUUUUGCGACGUGUGUGUCCGCUCUGGGACAUCAGGAGACCCGCUCACAUUUCCUGUCCCUCAUCCAGCCCCUGUCCACGGCUAACAGCUCCCUGCACUCCCGCCUCACCUCCAUCUACCAGGAAUAUUUCUCUAAGACUGAAGAUGAUGAACUGGAACUGGCAUUGACUCUCUCUCUACUGGAAGUGAAAGAUCUCCAGCUGUCAACCCCCAGUCAAGAGUCCCGACGUCAGCCACCUGGAGACGGACUGAAUCAGAGAAGCUCUGUUCAUCGGACGUCUGUGUCUCCUCUUCAGGGAAGCAGCCACACCCAGCUAGCAGAUGGAGUCGGCAGGAGAGAACACACAAGCUCACCACAAACUGGACCCUGGGUCAAGUCGAGCCCACCACAGACGAUCCAAAAAGCUGAGCUUCAGAAAAGCACACAUGUUGACAAAUAUAAAAAGGAGACAGCAGGAUCAAGUCGGACUGUGUGUGUCUCCACACCGUCUGGCUUAUGUUCUAAGCUAGACACGGGUGAAGGUGGUGAUCAAAUGGAGGGAGAUUUGAAUCAAUCAGAGAAACCAAAACGUUCCAAGAACAGGCGGCAGCGACGUAAAGGGGCUAGCCAGCAAGUUGUAGGUUUGCCCUGUUCUCCAUCAGCACCUCCACCGGUUCUGCUGUGGUUCAGGAGGGACUUGCGACUCGGGGACAAUCCUGCUCUCACUGGCUCAUUGGAGGUUGGUGCACCUGUCAUCCCAGUCUUCAUCUGGAGCCCUGAAGAAGAAGAGGGACCUGGAAUCACAGUGGCUAUGGGGGGAGCUUGUAAAUACUGGCUACAUCAAGCUUUGUCUUGUUUCUCUUCAUCUCUGGAGCGCAUUGGCAGCAAUCUUGUCUUGCUCAAGGCAAAUGGAUCUUCCCUGCGUUCCCUUAAGGAGCUAGUAAAGGAGACGGGGACGAGAACAGUCUUGGCUAACGCCCUCUAUGAGCCCUGGCUGAAGGAGAGGGACGAUGCUGUGGUGUCAGCCCUUCAGAAAGAUGGUGUCGAAUGCAGGAUGUUCCAUUCGUACUGUCUCAGAGAUCCUUACUCUGUCAGCCCGGAGGGCGUGGGACUCAGAGGAAUAGGUUCAGUGUCUCACUUCAUGAGCUGCUGUAAACAGAACCCAGGGUCUGCAUUAGGGGUCCCCCUGGACCCUCCUGUGUUUCUCCCUAAACCUGCCAACUGGCCUCAGGGUGUCUCUUUGGGCACGCUAGGCCUGGCACGCAUGCCCCGCAGGAAGGAUGGCACAACGAUUGACUGGGCAGCGAACAUCCGCAACUCCUGGGAUUUCAGUGAGGAAGGAGCAUGUGCCCGGCUAGAGGCCUUUCUGAAUGAUGGUGUGUAUAGAUAUGAAAAAGAGUCAGGCAGGGCGGAUGCCCCAAAUACCAGCUGUCUGUCUCCCUAUCUUCACUUUGGUCAGCUCAGCCCACGCUGGCUAUUGUGGGAUGCCAAAGGGGCACGCUGUCGACCCCCAAAGUUCCAACGCAAACUGGCGUGGCGAGAUUUGGCUUACUGGCAGCUGACGUUGUUUCCUGACCUCCCCUGGGAAUCCCUCAGACCUCCAUACAAGGCUUUGCGGUGGAGCAGUGAUAGAGGCCACCUGAAGGCCUGGCAGCGAGGGCGAACAGGCUACCCUCUGGUGGACGCCGCCAUGAGGCAGCUGUGGCUGACAGGCUGGAUGAACAACUACAUGAGACAUGUGGUGGCGUCUUUUCUCAUAGCAUAUCUCUACCUGCCCUGGCAAGAAGGCUAUCGCUGGUUCCAGGACACACUUGUGGAUGCAGAUGUUGCCAUAGAUGCUAUGAUGUGGCAGAAUGGGGGCAUGUGUGGUCUGGAUCACUGGAACUUUGUCAUGCACCCUGUCGAUGCAGCAAUGACCUGCGACCCCUACGGCAGCUAUGUUAAGAAAUGGUGUCCAGAACUUGCAGAUCUGCCCGAUGAGCUCAUUCACAAACCCUGGAAAUGUCCCGAGUCCAUGCUUCGACGUGCUGGUGUGGUCUUCGGCCAGACAUAUCCCGAGCGAAUAGUUACAGACCUGGAGGAGCGGAGGAGUCGUUCCCUGCAAGAUGUAACUCUGGUGCGGAAAGAGUUUCAACAGUAUGUGGACAAGCGCUCAGGCUGUGACUUGGUGCCGAUGCCCCCACGCCUGGUCUCUGUGGCUCUGGGCUUAUCACACAGGGAUGGUGACGUGGUGACAGAAGGAAAGCAGUUCCUGUUGCCUGUUAUCACUCGCAUGGAAUUCAAACACCAGCUAGAAGAUCCCGACGCAGAUGCGGCCUCAAAUCCCUACAAUGCUGUUCUAAAAGGAUACGUGAGCCGCAAAAGGGACGAGACCAUUGCUUUCUUUAAUGAGAGAGACUUUACUGCCAGUGUGAUGAACGAGGGAGUUCAGAGAAAGGAGAGGCUGGAGAGCGAUUAUCGAAGAAUCGAGGGACUCCCUCCGUCUCCUGCACCUCGGGGCAGGGCCCGAAGAACUCCAACAGCCAAGGACAGGUUUUCUGUAGUACCUGGUGGAGCGGUCUCCUCACUCAGGUGACACCAAGUUAAAGUUCACAGGUUUAAGUGACCAGACAGUUACUAGUUGUAACUGCACAAGUACAAAAUGUUGUCUUUAAGUGCAAAGAUGAGGGAAUAACUAAAUCUACACUGGAAACUUUGUUUGAGGGUUGCAAAAUGCUCAUUCAAAACAUUUUGUACAUUGAGUAUUCAGUAUAAUCUGAGGUAUUGUAUACAAAGGUCAACCAAUCCCAGUCUGUAUUUUUGAACACACAACAUGAGAAUAGUUACACAUAUACUUUGUUGACUUGUAAGACAACUUUCAGUGUUUCUCAGCAUUUUCUUUUUUAAAUAGAGGCCUAUUUUACAGUUUUUACAACUGAUUUAAUUUAGGUGUGUGUGUGUGUGUGUGAAAAUACUUCAGUCAAGUUAGAGGUGUUAUCAGGCUCCAAUCUUGUGUUUUGAAUUUUUGGUCAGGGGCUACAGCUUUGUUUACAUUUGUAUAAUGCGUGUUAACUUUAGGCUGGAAAAUGUGUGUGAAAGUGUUGCAAAUGAUCAACUAUGCAAAUAGCAUUUACAUAAUGUGAGGCUCUGACAGUGUCAAGCAUAUUACCUGUUCAGUACCUGUGUCAUACCGAAGAUCUUGAGUAAAACUACUUGACAAAUGGUAAUUGUUUUAAUACUUUCUACUUUUAUAAUAGGAAGUGUAAACUUCGGGAAAUAAAAAUGACAAAG